GGGUCCUGCCUAAAUUGACAGAAUGGCGGCCAAAGGAACUGAAGCAGAGAAACCUGAAAAUGACAGUGACCGUCUCGUCCAACUUUCAAAUCCAAAUGUAGCAACAAUGAAAGAAGAUAUUCUCUAUCAUUUCAAUCUCAGCACUAGCACACAUGAUUUCCCAGCUAUGUUUGGAGAUGUGAAGUUUGUGUGUGUUGGUGGAAGCCCCUCCCGGAUGAAUGCCUUCAUCAGGUACAUUGGCGCAGAGCUGGGCCUUAAGUGCCCAGGUGAAGACUAUCCCAACAUCUGUGUGGGGACUGACCGCUACUCCAUGUAUAAAGCAGGACCGGUGCUGUCUGUCAGUCAUGGCAUGGGCGUUCCUUCUAUGUCCAUCAUGUUGCAUGAACUCAUCAAGCUGCUGUACCACGCCAGGUGCUCCAACGUCACUGUCAUCCGCAUUGGCACUUCCGGUGGGAUAGGUCUGGAGCCCGGCUCUGUGGUCAUAACGCGGCAGGCCGUGGAUGCCUGCUUCAAGCCAGAGUUGGAGCAGAUGGUCCUGGGCAAGCGAGUGGUCCGGAGCACGGACCUGGACCAGCAGCUGGUGCAGGAGCUGAUGCAGUGUUCUACAGAACUAGGCGAGUUCACCACAGUUGUGGGAAAUACCAUGUGCACCAUGGACUUCUAUGAAGGUCAGGGUCGUCUGGAUGGUGCUCUCUGCUCCUAUACGGAGAAGGACAAACAGGCAUAUCUGCAGGCGGCCUACGCUGCUGGCAUCCGGAACAUCGAGAUGGAAUCUUCGGUGUUCGCCGCCAUGUGCAGCGCCUGUGGCCUCCGAGCGGCUGUGGUGUGCGUCGCCCUCCUGAACCGCCUGGAAGGGGACCAGAUCAGCAGCGCUCACGAGGUGCUCGUUGAAUACCAGGAGAGGCCACAGCGGCUGGUGGGCUACUUCAUCAAGAAGCGCCUUGGCAAGGCCUGAGGUCUCGUUCUGAGCCUUUGAGGACGGCCGCUGUAACUGCUUGCCAAUAAA